AUCUUCAUCUCGCGUCUACGUGUCUACACUAGGCACGACAAAACCCAUCCAUUUGCUCUUCUCAGCUUGUGGUAUAAUGUACCCGAGCUGGUUGUCUGUUUCGUUCCCAUGCAGCACCAUUCAUCUUGGGAAAACCAUCAUGGCGGGCAUGAUUUUCCUCCUCCUUCUGCCUUUGACGCCAAUCGUCCUUCCUCUCCUGCUUUUCACCAUGGCGGUCACCAUGGCGGUCAGCCUCACGGCGCGUAUUCUGAUCAAGACAUUGAAUUGGUCCACGAGAUUGUCGUCCUGGCGGAGUCGAUCUAUCCCACUCUUCCCGAGCGGGACCGUCUCCCUACCAACGCUCUGUUCCUGGCUGCUGAACAAAUUCUUCCCCAACAUGGCCUUGACCCGGAGAAUGGGCCCUCCCACAUCUCGCGCCUCAUCUUCAAGAUCGGCGGCCAGCGGUCCGGGAACACCAUCAACGACAAGUUCAAUGCCGUCCUAGGUGGAAUGGGUAUUAAGCUUGAGUUUGUUCCCAGCAACAGUCCUUCAGAGCGAGCAGCAUCCCGAGCCUCGUCCCUCCCCAGCAGCGACCAGCCCUCACGGCCAGCAUCCCGAGCCUUGUCCGCCUUCAGCGAUUCCGGAGUCGGAGAAGGAUCUGCCGGACGAGGACCUUUUCGAACUCGAAUACAUGAUGGACUGCCCGUUCCACCCCUACAAGGACCCUCUGAUAUGGUGGGCGUACGUGGAGCGCCGGUGGAGACUGAUUUCUUGCAUCUUGAGAGUCUACUUCGGCAGUUGAGGCAGCAAGAGGACCGGGAACUUGUGAAGGAUGUUUUCGGGUCCUGGCACGCGACCGCCUGCGAAGCCAAGCGCAGAAACGACGAGCUCAAAUCUCAGGCUGUGGAGUACGAUAACAACGAUCUCCUGGGCGAGGUUCUCGACAUCUGGAACGAAGAAGCCGCCGCCGCACAGGAGCAGCGGCUCAAGGCGGAGGCUGCUGCUCAAUACGAAGCCUAUGUGGCAAAGAUGGAGAGGCGUGCCACACGGGUCUACGAAAUUUUCACCAUCCGCACUCUGCUGGAUCAUUGGCAAGACCAGGCGCGGGAAGAAAUCGACCGGACGGCGGUUGCUCGCAGGCACCUUGUGCGGAAGCGGGCGUUCGAGGGUUGGCAUGCACAACAUGUCGAGGACGAAACCAAGGUCCAGAACUUCAUCCUGAAAAAUGCUCUUCAGACAUGGACCCAAGUUGCUCUCCAUCACGAAGUGCGCCAUGAGGUCGCCGCCCACUGGCAUCAGCAGCAGCUCCGCAAGCAGACUCUGCACACGAUGCUGGAGGAAACAAAGGAGCGUCAGGCGGACGAAUUCUACGCCGUCAAUCUCGCCAAACAAUGUCUUGGCACAUGGGCCGAGAAGGCCCGCGAUCUCAACGACGAAUACCAGGUAGCGGUAGCACUCGAUGAGAGGUUGCUGCUCGACGAGGCAGUUAAUAUCUGGCACGAAGAGCUUGAAGUCCAGCAGUACGACGCCUACGAAUGUACGCGGCAGUUCUUGAUCCUGGGUUGUCGAAGGGACCUGGAGUACUGGCAAGAGCAGGCGAGACUGUCCGCCUUGCUGAAGCAGUACAGGACCAAAGACGAGCAAGACGCAAAACGUCAGGCGCUGGACGUGUGGCAUAGCGCUUUCCAGAAUGCCAAGAGCGAAGCCGGGAUCGCUGACGCCUUCUUCCUCGAGGACCCUGUUGAUCACUGGGAGCGCGAGAUGAAGCUGAAACUCUUCAUCGAACGCGACGAGUACGAAACCAAGGCCGCCGUUCUGAACCGCUGGGCGCUCGAAGAAAAACUGGCCUGGUAUCAGAGAUAUUCGGAGACGCGUGUCAAACGAGAGGCGCUCGAUACCUUUGUUGCAGCCGCACGGCGGGCGCGCACCGAUCGGGAACGGCACGAGCAGGAAGCUGCUUACGUUGAUUCCUUCUACACCCGGGCGGAAGCCGUCGACACCUGGGCGGCCGAGACCGACAAGAUGUGGAAGCAUUAUCACAAUGCCGACCUCGUCAACCUUUAUCGCACAACUCGGCCGUGCAUGGACCAUUGGCGCGAGCAAUGCCAUCAGAGCCGAGCCCGGGACAGUUACUACCGGAGAAAGGCAGACCGACACCGGGCCAGGUCCAUCGUCUCCAGCGUGUUGCGCAAGUGGCCGGAUAUCGCAGAGACGGCACGAAGGCAGCGCAUGAUGAACUCGCUGCGGCAGUUCAGGCGGAAAUACAAGGUCGAGCUGGCGCAAGAAUGUCUCGGUAAGUGGCUAGACGCCACCGCAGAGGCGGUUGAGGCGGGACACGACGCUCACCGUGCCAACCUCUACUACGAGCGGGAGGAUCUCAAUGACUGCCUCGAUUUCUGGGCGGAGACGGCCAAAAAAGCGCAGGACAUCCAGCAGAUCGCCGCAGACGCCGAGCUCGAAGUCUACUGCGGGAAAUGGCAAGCCCAACUCCACGAGGCUCAGGAGAACAUGGCAGACGCCAUCGAGUACGACGCAGAGAAGACGCGGAGACAGUGUUGGGAGAAAUGGGAGUUCCAGACCCUACAGCAGCAAAGUAAACGUCACAUGGCCAAUACACUGCAGGAGAAACACGAGAGACGGCUUUGUGGCGAGGUGCUCUACGAAUGGCAACAGCAAGCCGUUCCGGGGGUGGCCGCACGGCUCAAUCCCCGCCUCAGCACCGUGUCCUCCCGUCGGAGCGUUCGCCAGCAGCUCGCUCGCUCGUCCAUAUCGCGGCUCCCCACCGCAAGCCAGCUGGCUACUGGUCUUGUUCCCUUCGGGUCGCUCGGGCCCAUGGCCGUGUUUGACGAGGAAUCGGUGGUUCCCGACGCCAUGAGCACGCCCACCAGGCGCACGGAAAGAUACCGCCCGACGACGACUCCGUCGGCUAUCCUGCCGUCGCCUGAUGAAAGAGCGUUGAGGCAGCGAUAUGGCGGUCCUGGGCUGCACAUUGUCAACAUUAAUGAGGAGUCGGGGGAGUUUUGAGACCGCCCGGGCGGGGGUUGCUUUUUCAUUUUUCUUCUCUCUUCUACUGGUUUUGUUGUGUGGUUUCUGAGUGGCCAGGCGUUUUGGAGAUGGUCAGAGGAGAA